GUUCCUACCUGUGGCGUAGUCGGAGGCAUUUCGAGGCUGAGCACACGCUUUUCCGGUUGUCAUUCAACGAGACAGCGCUGUGCUUCACCUCAGGACUCUAACACAGGAGCUGAACUCUGUGACCAGACACCAUGACACUGUUUCACUUCGGGAACUGCUUUGCCCUAGCAUAUUUCCCUUACUUUAUAACAUACAAGUGCAGUGGCCUCUCAGAGUACAAUGCCUUCUGGAGAUGUGUCCAGGCGGGAGCAACUUACUUGUUUGUCCAACUUUGUAAAAUGCUGUUCCUAGCAACAUUUUUCCCCACAUGGGAAGGAGGAGCUGGAGUUUAUGAUUUUGUAGGGGAAUUUAUGAAGUCAACAGUGGACAUGGCAGACCUGUUGGGGCUCCAUCUCGUGAUGUCCCGUAAUGCUGGUAAAGGAGAGUACAAGAUCAUGGUGGCUGCCAUGGGCUGGGCAACAGCAGAACUUGUGAUGUCCAGGUGUCUUCCUCUGUGGGUGGGAGCCAGAGGGAUUGAGUUUGACUGGAAGUACAUCCAGAUGAGCUUCGACUCCAACAUUAGUUUGGUCCAUUAUAUCGCCAUGGCAGCAGUGGUGUGGAUGUUCACACGAUACGACCUUCCUAAGAGCUUCAGGCUUCCUGUUACUGUGCUGCUGGCUCUGUGUGUCUACAAGGCCUUCCUCAUGGAGCUGUUCGUCCACGUCUUUCUGCUGGGCAGUUGGACCGUGUUGUUGGUGAAAGCCGUGCUGACCGGAGCCAUCUCUCUCUGCUCACUGUUUCUCUUUGUCACUCUGGUCCACAGCAACUAAGUCAAACUCAGCACCCUGGGAACAGCCUCCAACAGUCUUUUGGGUUCAGACUGGACCCCAGUUGUCAUAACUUAGAAGCUCCUGAUACCUUUUUUUCAGUCCAUGUAUCACCAUACAACACCAAAGACUACUGAAAAGUGCUUGUUGAUAAUGGGUAGCUGAACUGGUCUACGGCACAGUUCUGGCUACGCUACCCUACUGGGAAGUGAACCAGUUCUUCAAGAUGUUUAGUCAUCAGUCAUCAAAGCCCUGUGAUGGGAAACAUGCACUGAGGCUUUGUAUGCUUUCAGUCCACCAGUACACUUCUGGUUGAGUGGUGACAUCAGGGAGCUUCUAUAACAUGAUUGGCUUUCCUAAGCUGUUUUGGUUUUGUUGAACGAGGAAUUUUUGUACAAGGAAGACCACAAAUGAAUUUAUAUAACAUGUUUUUUUUAUGUGUUGUCUAAUGAGCCAGCUUAGAUUCAAUAGAAAAGUGAAUUUAUAACAAAUGAAAGACAUUGAUAGUUUCUUGUGUGGCCACCAAUUUAUGAAUUUAUUUAUAUACAAGUAAAUAUUAGUAGUUAAAACGUAACUAACAAGAUUUUUUCUAAUUCAUAAUGAAAUUGAUUUCUGUAUUCAUAGUUUAACAAAAAAAAACUGUCUUGCAGUUUCAAUGAACUCAGCAUUAUGAUCACAUUUCAUUGAAUUAUCAGUAACUGUGAUUUUGAGAUGUAAGUAAUAAAUGUCUUUUUGUCUUA